UAAUUUUAAGGGAAAUUUUCUUUCCAUGUCACGCUUUCCAUGACAGUCAGGUCACAGCACAGCGAUUUCUAACAUUUAGCAAGCACGUGCCCCAAGGCUAAAUGGAAGGCACUUUAAGUUCUCCUGCGCUUCUUCAAAUUCUUGUUCUACUUCCCUCCGCCUCCUCCCCUCCUUCCAAUCACUUGUUGCGGGUCAAAAUGUUGUUUCCAAGACGGAGUCCUUCAAUCAUAAAGCGAAGUAUAGCUCUUCGACCGGCCUUGGCCCUCCUGCCCCUCCUUUCCUUCAAUCAUGUUCACGCACUGGAUUGUUCUCUGGGAACAUAUUUAAUGUCCAAUCAGCAAGAUGCUACUAGCCUCGGCCAAUGCGUAAAUGAUGGGUUCUUCCACAACGUGACCAUUGCUCCCUCAGCAACAGGAGACAUCAGCUCCAUCAACCUUGGAGAAGCCAGUUGGUAUAUAAUUGCAGAGAACAGCCCCCUGCCUGCGGGUCCGGACUUCAAAUCAGAUGGACGAGUCGACAGAAUAUUGCACCGAAACCUCAGCGCCUUCCUAACCCUUUCUACACCAGAUAUGAAGGACUUGGUAUUCCUAAUUGAACUCGACCUUAACCUCAAAGAUCUCUCCUCAUUGGAAAUAAUUACUAUGAGCCAGUCGUAUCGUAUGCAAGGAAACACUCCUUCAGCUAAUACAGAUGGAAAGAAAUCGCCAUCACGGGGAAUCCGUUGCUCAACUUGGGCGGGGGCCUUGGCUGAGCUGGAGCUGGAGCUGGCCGAGUGCCAAUGUAAGUACCAUGAUCCUCGACUGGCCGUUCGGUAAUGCUUUCUUUACGAAGAUAUUAUAUACUCAGAGGGCUUAGUAAAAGUUCGUUGUACUAUCUACUCUACCGGUUUUAUUUGAGAACUAUUUUUUUGUUUUAUAAUUAUUUAGCUAUUAGUGGCAUUAUAUAAACAUACUACUAUAAAUCGUUUUACCUCUAAUAAUCGUGCGUACUUUUCUUAUCUGCUAGGGAAUCACGUACGCUAAGGGAAUCUCGCUUAGCC